GACGGUAUUAACGAGGAUCCCUGAAUGCAACGCAGCCCCCAGCUCACACGCACAGAUGGAGCAUCGGCUGCUAGCGGCUGCUCGGCGACCAGCUUCCCGGGUUCUGCUCCUCCUUUUCGCGGCGCGGUGUGGGUCGAAGCCGGGGAGUGUGGGCCUCCGCUGACGGAUUUAAUAAUGCUACCUAGCACGGAGAUGUCGCGGUGCUGGGCACUUAGCUGACCCCCCCCCCCCCCCCACCCCAAAAACAAAACAUUGAUUUACAGCCGCUCCGAAGCAGAAAGCAAUGCGGGAGACUUUACGGUGUGCCGGUGUCGGAUUACUGGACGUGUUGGUGGUACGACUGCACCCGGCCCGGCAGCGUCGAGCAUCAUGAGCGACCGCCAUGGCGGCACGGAGGUCGUCGAGGGCGGCGGGGAAAACCACGACGAGUGUUUCGUGCCCCUCUCCCCGGUGCUGCUCGACGCUUCCGGGGUGCCCGCCCUAGAAUGCCGCAACACGGGGACGGAGGGUGUCGAGGUCGGGAAGAAUCUCAAUCAACAGCAGGUCCCCGUUAAAGGCACCGGGAAGGUGGUGGGGGGCAGGUGGGAGGAAAACGGGAACUACUCGAGGGGCAUUCAUGCCCCGGAGGAUGGAGGGACACUCGGCAAGAAGAGGAGGCCGGUGACGGUGGACACGUCCAAAGCCAAAACCUCCCUGGAGGGACUGAAGAUCAGCAUCAGGCAGCUCAAGUGGAGAGAGAUUCCCACAGGAAGACGAGCACCAUGUGACAUCUACUGGCACGGCGUCUCCUUCCACGACAAUGAGAACAUCACAUCAGGCCAGGUCAACAAGUUCCCAGGAAUGCUGGAAAUGUCGCGGAAGAUCAACCUGAGCCGAGCGGUGCGCAUUAUGCAGGAGUUGUUCCCCGUGGAGUACGAUUUUUAUCCGCGGUCCUGGAUCCUGCCCGACGAGUACCAGCAGUUCGCCACGCAGAUCCGCACGGUGAAGGAGAGCGACGAGACGCUCGACCCCACGUUCAUCGUCAAGCCCGACGGCGGCUCUCAGGGCGAAGGCAUCUACCUCAUCCGCGACCCCGCCGAGCUGAGGGCGGCGGGCGCGCAGGCCCGGCAGGCCGUGGUGCAGGAGUACAUCCGCAAACCGCUGCUGGUGGACAAGCUCAAGUUCGACAUCCGCCUCUACGUGCUGCUCAAGUCGCUGGAGCCGCUGGAGAUCUACAUCGCCAAGGAGGGCCUGACGCGCUUCUGCACCGAGCCCUACCAGGAGCCGAGCCAGAAGAACCUGGGCCACGUCUUCAUGCACCUGACCAACUACUCGCUCAACGUGCACAGCGGCAACUUCGUGCACUCGGAAAGCCAGAGCACGGGCAGCAAGCGCACGCUGUCCAGCGUGCUCCGCCGGCUGGCCGCAAAGGGCGUGGACGUCAAGCGGCUUUGGUCGGACAUCAUCGCGCUGGUCAUCAAGACCGUCGUCGCCGUGGCGCCUCAGCUCAAAGUUUACUACCAGGCCGACAUCCCGCCGGGGAAGCCCGGACCCUCCUGCUUCCAGAUCUUAGGUUUCGAUAUCCUCCUGAUGAAGAACCUGAAGCCCGUCCUUCUGGAGGUCAACUCCAACCCCAGCAUGCGGAUCGAGCACGAGCAAGAGGUGGCGCCGAGAGUAUUCGAAUGCGUUCCCAGUCCGGUGGACGAGGAGGUGAAAGUGGGCGUGAUCAGGGACACGCUACGCCUGGUGGACCCCGGACUCAAGAAAGCGUCUUCUUCCCAGUGGAAGUCGGUGGGCGUGGAGGAGGCCGCGGGUGACGCCCACGUCAGGACGCGUCCCGACGCCAUGCCCUCGCCGUGCCUGAAGCAGGUGUACCCCAAGUACAGCCGGCAGUUCAACUACCUUCGGCUGGUGGAGCGCAUCGCCGCCCUCUUCAUCCGCUUCCUCGGCGUCAAAGGGAACAUGCGCCUCGGGCCCACCGCCUUCCGAACCUUCAUCAGAAACUGCAAGCUGAGCAGCAGCAACUUCACCAUGGCGUCGGUGGACAUCCUCUACAUCGACAUCGUGCGCCGCUGGUCCGGAGCCUUGCCCGACUCUCGGGAAGCGGGCAUGGGCUUACAGGCCUUUGUGGAGGCCUUCUUCUACCUGGCCGCUCGCAGGUUCAAGUCCCAGACGCCCCGGGAGCAGGCGGCGUCCCUCCUGGAUCUGUGCGAGGCUCAGCUGGAGUCUCAGACGCCGGGCCCCGAGGAGCGCCGCUCGUCGAGUUGCAGUCGGGCGGCGUCCCGCGGGGCCACGGGUGCCCCCAAGCACCAGGCCCACGCCCGACAGCCUGGGCCGCCCUCGCCCGCGGGCGCACCUCUGCCGCGCCGGGCUUCCAGCCAGGACUGCCGCAGAGCCAAGCCUCGCUCGCGAGAGGCUCACGCUGAGAACUGAUUAUGCCCGCCAACAACUUUGCCUGGCUACAGCAACGCACACACUACAUCAGGGGUGGGCAAAGUAUGGCCCUGGGGCCACAUAUGAGGGAGCAGUGGCGGUGACUCUGGACGUUUUGCCCUAAAAUGAGUUAAUUAAAAGGCAGAUUUUGAAAUUCAUUCAUUCAUAGCGGGCGCGCUGCAGCCUAUCCCAGCUCUAUUCGGGCGAGAGGCGGGGUACACCCUGAACCGGUCGCCUGCCAAUCGCAGGGCACAUGCAAGCAAACAUUUACACAUUUUUCAUGUAAAAAUAUAAUUUCCACAAUUAAUUUGGCAUUUAAUAGUUGGGCAAUUGAUUUAUUGUAAUAUUUAAAAAAAUAGUAAAUAUACAAUUUGACAAAAUUGUUAAAUGUAUUUUGUUCAAUAAUUGAUUAAUUUGAAUUCCGUUCAAUAUAAAUAAAAUCUAAAUAAAAUAAAUUUUUAAAAUGAAUGUUUACACAUGUUUCAUAAUUUUAUAAAUGUCAUUUAAUAAUUGGUAAAUGUAUUUAUUGUAAAUAGAAAAUUUAAAUCACAAAAUAAAAAAUAUAUGCAGUACAUUAAACAAUAUCAUAUUUAUAUAUAAUAAAAUUCUUAAAAGAGUUUUACAAGUUCCAACAGGCCGUGAAGGUAUCUGAUUGUGAUUGGAUGAGCGAGUGUCUGAUUGUGAUUGGAUGACUGGGUCUGGGGUCGGAGCCAGUGCAACUGAGGAGUGUGCGAGCGAAGUUGUUUGGCGACGAAAGCGUGCACAAUAAAAAAUAUAUCAAUGUUAUCGAUUAAUCGACGUCACCUUAGCAUUGACAAAAAAAAAAAAAAAAAGACUUUUACAUACACAUUACAACCAUAUACCUUUAAGUUUGUUUUGUUUUUUUUAACUUCAUCUACUGCAAUUGGCUGGCGACCAGUUCAGAGUGUACCCCGCUAUCCCGCUUCUGGCGCAGUUAGCUGGAAUAGGCGCCAGCAUGCCCGCAACCCUUGUGAGGAUAAACGGAAGGGAAAAUGGAUGGAUGGAUGGAUGGAUGGAUGGAUGGAUGGCCUCAUCUACGAAUGAGCUGGCCUAUAUGUCUGCUUUCUACCUCAAAUGUGGCCCUGGAGCACAAAAGUCUGCCCACCCUUGCCCUUUGCUCCCUAUUACAACUAUUACAGUAACCUCUUGAUUUUGCACAAAGACAUUUGCACAAAAAUGCAUGUGUCCAUAAAAAAAGAAAUACAUUGAAAAAAAAAAAAUAUAUAUAUAUAUGAAAGGUAGCUAGAAUUUAUUUAACAGAUUUUUUUUUUUCUCGAUACAUUUUUAUUUGAAUGCCAUGAUGAUUGAAUCCAGGCAGCUGUUGAACUCAUUUGACGUGGAAGUUAAGUAUGUACUAGCAGUGCUGUUUCGAAAAAUAAAA